AUGAGCAGACUUUUCAACCUAACUGCAACCCCGACGAAGGUAGAUGCACGGAAGGCUACACGCGUUGCGGCUCUAGCGGCCAUCUCCAGAACAACUCUGAUGGUGGAGACUAUCCUCCUUGCGGCAGUUGUGCUGCUCUUGGUAUUGGCAGUUCUCUAUCCAAGGCGUCUGAACUUCCUUCGAAGCGAUCCAGGGUCGAUAGCCGCAGAGUGCCGGAUUAUUGCUGACCUCUUCCUGUCUGAUACGGUUCUUGCUCGGUCUGAUGCGCAGUUCCAUAGCGUCACGACAAGACAGCUCCGCCUGUGGUCCAAGAAUUUCCGGUGCGAGUGGACGGGCAGGCCGUCCGAGAGAAAGAUCAAUAUCGUUCCCUUGGGUCGACCUCUUUAUUCACAAGUUUUGGCCCUCCCAACAACCCGAGGAGGACAAGACCCCGGGCCGCAUUUCUUGGUCCCGCACUGGUUCCUGGUUGAGUGCGCGUUGCUGAUUGGGAUCUUGGUUACCUUUGGCCUCGCGCUCAGCUCGCUUCGAGUGAAUGAUAUUAACGACGUCACGCCACGGGAGCUGACGCUCACGAUCUUUUUGAUCUAUGGUCCAACAGUCGUGUCCUCUGUGAUCAGCUCGCUGCUCGCAUCCAUCCUCCGCCACCUCAGCGUAUUGGAACCAUGGUUUCCAGUCCGCAAAAGUGGCACCGAUGGUGGUCUGAUCCGGAGAUCCAUUGCAUAUCUUCUACCCACUGCGGACUCUCCGGCCUCUCCCUGCCAGACGUCAAUCUUCAUCCUGGCCCGGUGGGCAACAAGGAAUCCCGCCCCAAUGACCAGCAAGAACUCGCUGGCGCUGUACUGUACGCCGUCCAUCCAGAUCAAUGAAUUUGAAGUCCUCUUUGAUGACCAGGGAACAAUCGCUUCCUACAAGCACGCAGCUGCUACGACUGACCCACGCGGGCAAAUGUUGCGCAACGCGUCUGAGAGCCUGGGACAUUUCAACCGGGCACUCAAGGGCAAUAGAGAGGAGGAAGAAAAGCGCAGCCUGCGAGCAGAGGAAGGGAGCCUGCAACGGUGA